AUGUGAAGCCAAGGUUCUCUUUUGCUCCCUGUAAAGUGUCAUCCUUGAGGCAGCUGAAAUCCUAAAAAGGUGGUCCUGAAAUCCUAAAAGGGUGGUCACUCUGCCAGUCUCAAGGACUUGUCAAUGGGCUAUAGGCAGUAAGGAAAUUUAAUUUUUCAUUGGCCUUAGUUUCCCACAUUACCAUGGCAAGCACUUAACCUCUUUCCUUUGUUGUUCAGUAGGCAGGCAUGUCUAAGGAAUAUCACACAUAUUCCACUUGGUUGGGGACGGGGGUGCAGCCUGUAUUUUGCCCCUCAGCCUGCCUCAUACUCCCUCAUCAGAACCAGUGGCUAACCUCGUCAUUGUUCACCUAACUCAGGGUGGCCUACCAUCCCUCUUCCAUCUUCCCUGUCACUGACCUGUAUAGGGUGUGACAAAGAAAACCACAGGCCUCAGAUGGAGUCACUUCUGCUAGGCCAUGUCACCAAACCUGGGCAUAAUACCUAAACUCAUUGUACUCUCAACCAACCCCAGAAAUUUAGUUUGGGGUUGGUCAGUCAGGAAUAUUGGGGUCAAUACCAAAAAGGUAAUUGGCCAUAUGGAUGGACCCUUUCCAUCACCAAAGAUGAGGUAUUCCCCUGAUAAGACCUUUUUGUCCCAUAACAAAGUGACCUCACCUGACAUAAUCCUUUUUUUCCUGUUUAUGAAGUUCUUACCUUAGGCUUUCUGUAGCCCCUUGUUGCUUCCCUCUACUUGGUAGAUGUGAUGCUGCCCAAUUCACAAAUGAAUGACUAAUCCUAAAGACCUUUAAGAUGCACUGGGCUGAAUUUUUAUGGUAACAGGGACUUUUCUAUUGUUCUAACCAAUUACAAACUGACUCUAACACUUCAGGCUGCAAGCAUUUGAAGAGCAACAACAUCUUUCCAGCUGUGCAUAGACACAUUUUGAUGUCGGAACAAAGGCAGGAGGAAAUGGCAGAUAGAAUUAAAUUUCCUUAUAACCCACAGCCCAUUGACAACUACUUGAGGGUGGCAGAGUAAAAUGUUUCUCCAGGAAAUCCUACUGUCUUAAUGCUAAUGAUUUGCUAGAGGGAAAAACAACCUUAGCUUGACAAUAGCUAGGCCUCCAAUAUCCUGUGACUCUUCUUUAGCAUAAGAAAAUCUCAUUGGAAACUUCACAGUGACUUACCUCCCCCAAUUGCCAAAUAUAUAACUAGUCUCUCCAUAUGGGUCCUGUCCCCGUGCUUUAAGAAAAUCACCUUUUUGCACCAAAGAUGUCUUCAAGAAAUCUUUAUUGGCCGUCAGCUACAGGCCACCCCACCAUCACCCCAAAUCUUCAUUAAUUUGACUUCUGAAGUACUGUACACAACGGAACGAGGUGUAAUUUCCGUUAGGAAGAGGUCGUGGGAGCAUCUAAAAUAAGCUCUCCUUUGGAAGCUGAUUGAGCUUCAUGGGGUGUGAAAUUAGGGCUCUUCUCGGUUUUUAACAAGGUUCAAAGCAGUUCCCCAUGGGUAGGACCAGCACUUUCCAGUAACCUGCCAGGUGAGGCGUGUCCAGGCUCCGGGUGCAGAAGCUACUUCUGCUCCAAAGCUCCAGGGUACAGAACCCACUCUCAGCUACUGCACUGGGAGCUAAGGUACCCGGAAGACACUGGGCACGGAGGACAGAGCGAGGAGCCAACAAGGGAAAAGGAAGGGGAUUUCUAGGCGUGCGCAGCCGCUGGGGGCGGGACUUCCGGCCUCACCCCUCGGACGACUUCUGGCCUUUCUUCAGGUCGGCUCAACCUCUAAGGUUCCGGAGCGGACUUUCGAGAACGAGGUGACAAACUGACAAAGCGCGAGGGGAGGCGACAUCCCCGCCGCAUAGACUGGGGGUCACGACUCGCUGACGCCACUCGGGCUGCUCCCCGCCGGGGCCGGAACUGGGACCGCGGGCUCGAGUGUCAGUUCUCCCACAGUCCGAUGGCGGCGGCCGCGCCUAGGAACCCGGCUGAGGGUGGUGUGACCUUUGAGGACAUUGCCAUCUACUUCUCCUGGAAGGAAUGGAGACUUCUUGAUGAGGCUCAGAGACGGCUGUACUAUGACGUGAUGCUGGAGAACUUUACACUUAUAUCCUCCCUGGGUUGCUGCUGUGGAGCAGAAGAUGCGGAGGCACCCCUUGAACAGAGCGUUUCUGUAGGUGUGUCACAGGCCAGCACGCCCAAGGCAGCUCUGUCUUCCCGGAAGACCCACCCCUGUGAGAUGUGUGGUCCGGUCUUGAGAGACGUUUUCCGCUUGGCUGAGUACCAGGGAAAACCAAGCAGCCAGAAACUGUUGAGGUGUGGGGCAUGUGGAAAACGAUUUUACUUCAGUGUAAACUUUCAGCAGCAGCCGGACCAGCAUACGGGAGAGAAACCAUUCAGAAAUAGUGUGGACACGCUCUCUUUUAUGAGGGGAUAUGGAUUCCAUGAUUCAGGAAAGCCCUUUACCUGUACAGAGGUUCAGAAGGACUUCCUGCCUGGCGUGGUUCGUCUGCAGCAGUACGCCAUUCAUACUGGAGAGAAGCCAAACACAAUCAUCCAGUGCAGGGAAACUUUCCAGAAUAGUAAAGGUCAUUACACUUGGGGAAAAUGCAAGGAAGACUUUGGUCCUGAGCAUACACCCGUUCAGGAUGAGAGUGUGCAGCCUGGAAGACCGUGUUUUGUGUGCAGUGAAUGUGGGAAAACAUUCAGGUACAAAUCUUUAUUGACUAUCCACCAGAGAUUCCAUACUGCAGAAGGACAUCAUGAGUUUGGCAAAGGUGAAAAAUCCAUUAGGAAAAGGUCUGUCCUUAGUCAAAAUGGAAAGGCUCACACUGGGUCCAGGCAGUACACGUGCAGCAAAUGUGGGAAAUCCAUAAGCCACAAAUCUGUGCUCAUUCAUCCCCAGAGAGGGCACAGUGGAGAAAAUGUUUAUGUUUGCAGUGGAUGUUCAAAAUCUUUUAGCCAUGGUUCAGUUUUAAGUACUCAGAAGGUUCAAUCUAGAGAAAGGCGUUAUAAGUGUGGUGACUGUACAAAAUGUUUUACCUCUAUCUCUGCUCUCAGAUAUCAUCAGAGAUCUCACACAGGGGAAAGACCUUAUCAGUGUAGGGAAUGUGGGAAGACUUAUAUCUCCAGUACUGGCCUCCGAUAUCAUCGCAGGGUUCACACUGGAGAAAGGCCUUAUGAGUGCAGUGAAUGUGGGAAAACUUUUACUGCUAGUUCUGUCCUCCAUUAUCAUAAGAGAAUUCACACUGUAGAAAGGCCUUAUAAGUGCCAUGAAUGUGGCAAAUCUUUUUUCUCUGCGUCUGACCUUCAUUAUCAUCACAGAGUUCACAGUGCAGAAAAGCCGUAUCAGUGCAAUGAAUGUGGCAAGUCCUUUCUCCGAAGAAACAGCCUCAAUGUACAUGUAAAGGUUCACUCAAGUGAAAGGCCUUAUAAGUGUAAUGAAUGUGGAAAAUCUUUGAAGUGGAAGGCAACAUUCAUUAAACACCAGAGAAUUCACACAGGAGAAAGACCUUACAGGUGCAGUGAAUGUGGCAAAUCUUUUACCGCUAGUUCUGCUCUCCAGUAUCAUCGGAGAGUUCAUACGGGAGAAAGGCCUUAUGAGUGCAGUGAAUGUGGGAAAUCUUUUAUCACUAGUUCUGUCCUCCAUGAACACCGGAGAGUUCACACUGGAGAAAGGCCUUAUGAGUGCAGGAAAUGUGGGACAUCUUUCUCCUCAACUUCUUCCCUCCGUCAUCACCAGAGAGUUCACAUUACAGAGAGGCCUUAUGAGUGUGGUGAAUGUGGCAAAUCUUUCCUCUCUGGGUCUGACCUCCAGUAUCACCAGAGAGUUCACACUGGAGAAAAGCCUUAUAAGUGCAGUGAAUGUGACAAGUCCUUUCUCCGAAGAAAUAGCUUCACGGAACACAUAAAAGUCCAUUCAGGUGAAAGGCCUUAUAAAUGUAAUGAAUGUGGGAAAUCUCUGAACUAUAAGUCGACAUUCAUUCAACACCAGAGAAUUCACACAGGAGAAAAGCCUUACCUAUGCAAUGAAUGUGGAAUGUCUUUUAGUCAUAGUCGUGCCCUACGGUUUCAUCGUCAUUGUCACCUUGGAAGAAGUCCUUAUGAGUGUAGUCAGUGUGGGAAAUCUUUUACUUCUAAUUCUUCCUUCAUGUCACACCAGAGAAUUCACACUGGAGAAAAGCCUUAUGAGUGCGGUGAAUGUGGGAAGGCUUUCACUGCUCGUUCUCUCCUCUAUUCUCACCGGAUUGUUCACACGGAAGAAAGGCCUUAUGAAUGCAGUGAAUGUGGCAAGUCCUUUCCCCGAAGAACUACCCUCAAUGUACACAUAAAGGUUCACUCAGCUGAACGGCCUUAUAAGUGUAAUGAAUGUGGGAAAUCAUUGAAGUAUAGAUCCACAUUCAUAAAACACCAGAGAAUUCACACAGGAGAAAGGCCUUAUGAGUGCAGUGAAUGUGGGAAGGCUUUUAUCAGUCAUCCAGCUCUUAGUUAUCAUCGCAAGAGUGCACACAAGAGAAAGGCCUUAGGAGUGCCAUGAAUCUAGGAAGUCUUUCAACUAACUCUAAAAACGUACUCAACAUGAGAAACUAUAUGGUAGAAAAUGUUUUUAUUCUUAACAUGAUGACCUGAAUGCUCAUGUUCACUAAAAUUUCUAUGUUGAAUACCCAUUCUGAAGGAAUGGUAUUUUUUUAUUAACUUGUUGUAUUUUUUAUUUUUUUAAAUUUACAUCCAAAUUAGCAUAUUGUGCAACAAUAAUUUCAGGAGUAGUCUGAUGGAAUAGUAUUAACAGGUGAUAUCUUUGGGAGGUAUUUCAGUUGAGAAUGGUCAGGAGUGUGGAACACUCAUGAGUGGGGUUAAUAUAAUAUCUCUAAAGCAAGUUUCCUUCCCCUAUCAGUCAUGUGAGGACCCUUGAGAAGAUGAUCUAUAAAUCAGGAAGCUGGUGGACCAGUCACAGAACCAGGCCAUAUGCGGAAUGGUAGGUCAGAUAUACAGCCUCCACAACUGGGAAACUUCUUGUUUGUUUACAAGCCCCCUCCUUUGUGAUAUUUUGUUAGAGCAGCCUGAGCUGAGACAAAUGUGAAGAAUAUGGGUAAUCUUUUGACCAAAGAUACAGUUUUGAAAUCCGAAUUCACCUUGGAGCAGGGCCUCAUGGGUGAGGUACAUGACCAUUCCUUUAGUCCAGUGAUCUGUCUUCAUUCCACGCUCAGAGGUCACACUGCAGAAAGAAUUUAAAGUAGCAGAGAAGGUGAUGUUUCCUUGCUUCGUGUAAUCACAGUGGAGGAGAACCGUUUGCGAGGCAGACACCUACCUGAGUUGAACUUUGUUCACCUGAAUGUCCAGAGGGGAGUGACUUACCAUAACUUGAAGCUAUUUCAGAAAAAUACAGAAGCUGCGUUGUGCUUUUGCUGUGUUUGGAGUCAUUGCUCAAUUGAAAUCACUGCCAGUUUCUGUAGCAAAAGUCACUUCACCCCUGCCACUUGCCAGGUUCCCAUCAUGUGUAUCAGCCACCACCCACCGUGCUCAAGCAUGCUGACCUCUGCGCUUUGUCAUUGGCGACGGACAUUGUGGGUAAUUGGAACUCCUUGUUCCCUUCUAAGUCAGGACGUGGAUGUGACCCAGUGUUGACCCUCCUACCUGAACUGAGUUUGGGGUGGUGUCUUGCAGAGAGGCUGAGUCUCUUAGGACGUUGUUGGUCUCCUGAUGUUUGUGAUCAAUGUGUGCAGCACCCAAGUCACCAGCACAGGAAUUUGGUGCCACGUUUUGAUCUGGUUUAUGCAUUAAUAAAUGCCUUUUUUGUUUAGUUACCUUUAACCUUAUGUGUUGUAUUCACUCAAAGGGGUUGAGAGCAGAAAUGGCGUCUGCCAGCAUGAAGAAGUGAACAGAUUUCAUUGCAUCCCAAACUUACUGUGUCUUGGAUAAUUGUAAAUAAAAAAAUAAGUACGACA